CCCCUGCUCCUGCGUUUCACAACCAAUUCAUGUGGAUUGGGCGGUGUAAACGUUAUAUUUGCCCUCGUUUUAACAAAAUGAGGCAACUUCAUUGUGUUUUGAUAGCUGCGGGAUUGGCGAGCAGUGGAAUCCUACUGGCGAUGGUAGUGUAUUUUUUAACGGCCACGUCUUUACCGACAGAGAGCUGGCAGACUGCCACAUCUAUCUAUGAAUUCUCUGCCAAGGAUAUCGAUGGCAAUGAGGUGUCCCUCGAAAAAUACAGGGGUAACGUCGUCAUCAUCACAAACGUUGCCUCUAAAUGAGGUAAAACCCCAGUAAACUACUCUCAGUUUGCGGAGAUGCACGCUAAGUACGCUGAGAAAGGUUUACGUAUCCUGGCCUUCCCCUCAAACCAGUUCGCCAGUCAGGAACCGGGGACAGAGGCUCAGAUCAAGGAGUUUGCCAAGUCCUACAACGCUGAGUUUGACAUGUUCAGUAAGAUUGAGGUGAACGGGGACAGCGCCCACCCCUUGUGGAAGUGGCUGAAGGAUCAGCCGAACGGAAAAGGCUUCAUGGGAAAUUCCAUCAAGUGGAAUUUCACCAAGUUCCUUAUCAACAAAGAGGGGCAGGUCGUGAAGAGAUAUUCUCCGAUGAGUGAUCCUAGCGUGGUGGAGAAAGAUCUUCCAAACUACCUGUAAUCUUUUCCUGAGUCACUGAUGCAUUGUCUACUGAUCCUCCACUUCUGCCUCCCCUCCCUCAUCUUCCCUGGGAGUCAGGUGGCUGAGCGGUUAGGGAAUCGGGCUACUAAUCUGAAGGUUGCCAGUUCGAUUCCCGGCCAUGCCAAAUGACGUUGUGUCCUUGGGCAAGGCACUUCACCCUACUUGCCUCGGGAGAAUGUCCCUGUACUUACUAUAAGUCGCUCUGGAUAAGAGCGUCUGCUAAAUUACUAAAUGUUCCCUCUCUCUGGCGGACAAAGAGGUGUGGGUGGGUCCACUUCCCAGACCAGUGACGGUCUGUCUGCAAACCCGUUUGACGGAUAGGACAGACCUGAUGAAAAACGGCGUGCAACCCUUCCUGGGAAAACACCCACCCUAUACCAGAUCAGUUUGCUGGAAAGCCCCCUUGAACUCAAUGCCCCUCCAACCCCAAUCACCACCACCACAGAAUGUCAAAACUGCAUCUAAACUAUGUCUAAACCGCAUCCAAACUACUUGUACUGUUGAGCUGUUUCAAACUAUUUGCCAAGUGUGAGGUAUGAUCUGUUCUAUAAAGGAAUUUACUUUCAAUAAACAUUAACUUUUUAGAUGGA